UUCAUCUCUUUUAUCCAAAAUUGUUCAUUCAUCUCUCAUUUCUUUUAUUCCAUAUACAAACAUGUAUCCUCCAAGAAGAAGCAUGCCAACUUACUAUUAUCCAAGUUAUCCAUAUCCUAGCAACAUGUAUGGUUACUAUGAUCAAUAUCAUACUAUAUAUGAUCAAGCCAACAACAUUGUGGAAACAAAUCCAUAUCCAUUUGAUGAUCCAUAUUUUGAUAGAAGAAUGGUGGAUUCUGGUUAUGGAAGAAGAUCAAUGAGACCUUAUCCAUAUUAUGAUUCAAGAUAUAUUUUUCAUGGAAGAGUUGAUCCUUAUACUAGCUAUCAAUCUUACUACGAGACUCCAUUGUUGUCUUACCCUCAACCACUGCCAACACCAUCAAUACAUCCAUUUUACACACCUGAUUGGUUGUGUACUAUUAUGUGAUCUAG